AUGAAGCAAAACAAAAACCCAGUGAUCCAGCAAGAGAGGACACCAGGGAUCGUACUUAAAGUAAUACCCAUUAAGGAUCUAAAUGAUGAAGCUAAACAAACACCUGGUGAUCAAUAUAAGAACAAGCUUAGUGAUUCAGUUAGUCAAGAACUUGGUGAUCAAGCUAAACAAAAACGCAGAGUUGCAGCUAAACAGGAACCCAGUGAUCUAGUGAAACAAAAAUUCAGUGACCAAUCUAAACAGGAAACAAGCGAUCAAGCUACUCAAAAACUCAGUGAUCCGGCUAAACAGGAAUCCAGUAAUCAAGUUAAACAAAGACAGCAACCACGUAAACUAAAACCAAGUACUCCAGCAAGAGAGGACCCCAGUGAUCAAGCUAAACAGGAUUCCAAUGAUCAAGCUAAACAAAAACCCAAUGAUCCAGCUAAACAAGAACCCAGUGAUCUAUCCAAACAAAAGCUUAGUGAUCCAGCUAAACAAACCUCCAGUGACCAAUCUAACAGGGAAAAUAAACCAAGUGAUCUAGUGAAACAGGAACUUGGUGAUCCAGCUAAACAAAAAUUCAAUGACCUAGUUAAACAGGAACCCGGUGACUCAGCUAAACAGAAACAAAGUAAUCCAGCUAAAAGGAAACCUGGAGAUCAAUUCUAGACAAACACCCAGUGAUCCAACUAAACAGAAACCUACUGAUCUAGCUGAAAAGGAACAAAGUGAUAAAACUAAACAAAAACCUGGUGUCUCAACUAAACAGGAACCCAGUAAUUCAGCUAAUAACAGGAACCCGGUAAUUUAGCUAAUAAACAGGAGUCCAGUGAUUUAGCUUAACAAAAACCCUAUGAUCCAGCUAAACAUGAACGUAGUGAGGAAGGUAAACAAAUACCCAGUGACACAGCUAAACAAGAAUCCAGCAAUCAAACUAAACACAAACCCAGCGAUUUGGCUAAACAGGAAUAUAGUAAUCCAGCUAUACAGAAAUCUGGAGAUCAAGAUAAACUAAAACCUGAUGAUCAAGCUCAAAAGGAAACUAGUGGUCCAACUAAAGAAGAAUCUGGUGAAAAAGUUAAAAAGGAAUCUGGUGAUAAAACCAAAGAAAAACACAGUGAUCAAGAUAAACAAAAACUCUGUGAUCCAGCUAAACCGGAACCCGGUGAACAAUCUUAUCAAAAACCCAAUGAUCCAGCUAAACAAGAACCCAAUGAUCCAGCUAAACAAGAACCCAGUGAUCUAGAUAAACAAGAACCCAGUGAUCUAGAUAAACAAGAACCCAGUGAUCUAGAUAAACAAGAACCCAGUGAUCUAGAUAAACAAGAACCCAGUGAUCCAGCUAAACAAGAACCCAAUGAUCCAGCUAAACAAGAACCCAGUGAUCUAGAUAAACAAGAAACUGAUAAGCAAGCUCAUCUAGAACCCAAUGAGCAUAGUAAAGAAGUAUUCUGUAUUCCAACUAAACAAGAACCCAGUGAUCAAAUUAAACAAGAACCCGGUAAUCAAUCUAAACAAGAAUUCAGUCAUUAA